ACAAAUUUAGGAGAACAUUAUUGAAUGAAUUUUGGAUGCCAAGAUCAUUAUUCAGGAGCUUAGUAUCACCUGAAGCUAUUCAGUACCAUUUGAAGAGAAUAAAAAGUUGAGCUAAAAUAAAACGAGCUUUAUCAGUUCAUAUCUUCUUGGUUCUAUUUAUUGAUUGACAUUUUUAUCGAGAAAAAUCAGACCAGCGAAUAAAUUAUUGAGAGUAAGGAGAAGAAAGAAAAUGCUCAAUCCGAGCCCAAUCAGCAGUACCUUAUUUAAGAAAAGAUAGAACUUAUUAAAAUCAGGAAGUAGGGAGAAAAGUCCAGUGUCUCAGAUAUCAUCUAUGAGGUUAAAAGCAGUAUAAGAUUAAAACACCAAAUGAUAGACAGUCCUAUAUCAACUGUCGAAACAGCAAGAUUACCAUAUCCUAAAGACUACAUCAGUCAGAACCAAUUAAGAUACUAGACCAUUAUUUAAAAACCCACACAUUGAGCUACCAACGUUCAAGAUUAUU